CAAUCGGACGAAGAUCGAAUCAUGAAGCUCAUGCAGGAAGCAGAGGAUGCAAACCGAGACAGUAAGCUUAUAAAAUCACAAGUGGAGAAACGUCGACGUGAGCGAAUGAACUACAGUCUGGAGCGUUUGAGGAGCAUGUUGAUGCAGGAGCUGCAACAGCAGCAGGGUGCAGCUCAGCGUCGUGUGGAGAAGACCGACAUUCUGGAGCACACGGUCGUGUUCCUGCACAACACCAGCAAAGCAGCAAGUGGACCUCAACCACAACAACAUUCCUUCCAAGACGGCUUCCACACCUGCCUGCAAAGGGCCGCCCACUUCCUGGGGCCCGGGGGCAAAGGCCUGUGGCUGGCCCUGGAUGCCUCCUUCAUCCCCUGCUCCUCCUCCUCUUCUUCCUCCUCUUCUUCCUCCUCCUCUUCCCCCUCCUCUUCCUCCAUCCUCCACAUGCUGAGACACAAGUCCAAGCAUAACAGGCGAGCGGUGGCUCAGCCCCCCAGGACCCCCGCGCAGGGGCAAAACUGGCUGGAGACGUGCAUGGAGAACCCCCCGGCAGAGGGCCCCUCGCUCGGCCAGAGCGUGUGGAGGCCUUGGCCCUGAACAGUGAACUUUGAACCCCCCCUCCCCCCCGUCAAUGUAUGCAUUAACUGUCGAGUUGAUGGUGUAAAUAGUUUAAAGACGUAUUUGUACGCUGCUGUGUAUAUAUGUGAACCAUUCGACCCACUAUAGAUCAGUAUAUAGUGCCACUCAGGAUGUGAGCUGGAUCCUGCAGCCCCCCCAUGUGUCCACCUCAGAGGUGAGUUGUCUCACGCACACACAAAGAUACACACAACACUAAGAGAUGUGUUGAUCAUAAUAAAGUGCCCCUGUCUUAUUUCCAGCUGCUUUGAAAUAUGAGGGGCCCACCCUCACAUCCACAAGUCAUGAACAACCUCCGUCAUCCCUCCCAAUCAUAAUAUAUAACUUGUAUAUUUUGCACACUAACUUAUUGCACAUUUCUCCCUAUGGUGAGCUUCUACUGUUGUUAUUUGUCACGAAUAAACACAUUCCAUUCCA